AUGCGUCGAAGCGUACUUCGCGCGCGUGGACGUCUAGCGCGUGCGCAUUCCCGUACGCGUGUCGCACCCGCCACUCUCUCGCACUACACUGCUCCUUGUCUCCACGUACCGUUGAUCGCCCGUGCACGCUCGAACGCGUCGCUCGCGUCGUCUGCAGUCUCUGCGUCUCCAUCGUCGUCAUCGUCGUUGUCACGACCGACCGCCUCAGAUUCUGAUACGCCUGGAUCUGAUGGCGUGGACCACAUAACUAUCGAUUUGGGUACAAUUGGAGCCGAGGACGCCAAGGUAUUGACGAUUGCUGAUGUGCUGAACACCCGCGAACAAGCGCUGGGGGCAAACAAGACACUGUGUGACUAUGAAGAGUGGGAGAGCGUGGCCGAUACGGGGACAGUGCACGACGCCGUACUGACAAUGGGGGAGCGCAACAUCGGAUCGCUCAUCGUGACUGAGGCCAAAGAAGGGAUUGUGGGGAUUGUCACGGAGCGAGACAUUCUCAAAAAAGUGUCGCCACGGACUGAGUUGAGGACCGAAAUGAUGGUGCGGGACGUCAUGUCGUCGCAUAUUAUGUGCAUCCACCCAAGCACGACAGUGAUUGAUGCUCUAGCGACAAUGACGAAAGAGAAUAUUCGGCACUUGGCCGUGGUGAAUGGUGAUAUUUCAAGUGCCGUAAAGCGAGGAUCGGUGCAAGAAGAAGAUAUGCGGUGCGUGCUGUCGAUCACGGACAUUGUCCGUGCGUUUGCAGAGUUUGAGGCAUCAAAGGCCUCCGUGGCGGCAUCGACAAAGCGUGGUGCCACUAAGAGAGAGGCGGAUGAACAUGCGGAGACGAAGCGACAUGAGAAUGCGUCGCGGACGGCUGAGACUACCGAGAGUGAGACGGCGGCAGCAUCGACGGAUGCUACUGCGGCUCCUUCUUCACAGUCGGCGGUCCCAGCACCUCCUGUUGUGACUGCUGCGACACUGCUGAAGAAGAAGCACAAGCGAAUCAAGCUGCUUCUGAAUACGCGACCGGAGGACAACGUUAGUGUGGCAGAAGCGGUAGAGGCCAUGGCCGAGCGAGAUUUUGGUGCUGUUCUUGUGGUUGACAAGGAACAGCGUGUCGUUGGCAUCUUUACGGAGCGCGAUUAUAUUCGCAAGGUGCUUUCUGAGCUGAAGGAUCCAAUGAAGCUGCUUGUGACGGAUGUAAUGUCAUCCGUGGGUCCGGUGCUCCAGGUGGAAGAUUCGCUAGAGAAGUGCUGGAACGUAGCAGCCACUUCCAAGUGCCGCCACUUCCCUGUGAUUGGUGCGCUGCGCCACGAGCGCGAAAAGGAGCUUGUCGGGAUACUGUCAAUCAAAGAUAUCGUGCGCGAGAUCUCAAAGGACCACCACGCGACGCCAGGGUUUCGCCUCAUGGAAUUCUUGAAGUCUAAGAUGGAGCCUAAGCGUGUGGACUCGAAGCCCAAGCAGUCCGAUUUGCCCGAGUCCGAGUCCGAGGUGAAUGGCACUCCGACAGAUUCCAAGGAAGUCACGGUUGACGAACCUACUACAGACGCGGCAAAGAAAGAUUCGCCAGAGACUGCUAGCGCUGGAAGUGAGCCGCACGAGGUUGUGGAGAAACCGCAGACGACCACAUUGAGCUAA